GUGGUUUCAGCAAGUUCCAGGCCGAGUUCGCCCUGCACUGCGAAACUAACCUAGACAGUUCGUGUAGCAGCAGCUCUCCUUCUUUGCCAGUCCUGGGCUUGGGAGGCCUCCGAAUCAGCUCUGAUUCCUCAUCAGACAUUGAAUCUGACAUUGACAGAGACCCCAAUAGUGCCACCGACUCCGAUGGCAGCCCUCUCUCCAACAACCAGCCUUCCUUCCCGGUGGAGAUUUUACCCUACCUCUACUUAGGCUGUGCCAAGGACUCCACUAAUCUGGACGUUUUAGAAGAGUUUGGCAUUAAAUACAUCUUGAAUGUUACCCCCAACCUGCCUAAUCUCUUUGAAAACGCCGGCGAAUUCAAGUACAAACAGAUCCCGAUCUCUGACCACUGGAGCCAAAACCUGUCUCAGUUCUUUCCUGAGGCCAUCUCCUUUAUAGAUGAAGCACGGGGGAAGAACUGUGGUGUCCUGGUGCAUUGCUUAGCAGGGAUCAGCCGCUCGGUCACAGUGACGGUGGCCUACCUCAUGCAGAAGCUCAACUUGUCCAUGAACGAUGCCUAUGAUAUCGUCAAGAUGAAGAAGUCCAACAUUUCACCCAACUUCAACUUCAUGGGUCAGCUGCUGGACUUUGAGCGGACUCUGGGGCUGAGCAGCCCCUGUGACAAUCGAGUGCCGAACCAGCAGCUGUACUUCACCACUCCUUCCAACCAGAACGUCUUCCAGGUGGAUUCCCUGCAGUCCACGUGAGCUCCCACCACCUCCCUUCUCCUGUCCGUUUCAUGGGAUCACUCCUCAAUGGUUUCUCUUUGGCAGCGAUAAAGAAAAUGCAGCUUUCUCUUUUUCUGGCCUCUGCUAUCAAAAAGCAGCUGCCAGUGCAGGCUGGGAAAGGUUACACAGUAUGGAAUCGGCUAUUGCGAAGGGAGGGAACGUGGUGACCAGGCGGCAGGUGGGCAGCGUGCUCAUCCCUGCUGGCGCAGUGGCUUGGGUCCGAGGACUUCCAGGGUGGUGGGGUAAGGCUGGACAGGCUCAGCACGUGUUCUCUAGAGCCUGGAACUGUCCUGCUUCCCUCUCUGCUUUUGGAUCUGUGACACACAUCUUUGUCUUCAGUGAAGACUGGUUAUUUUUGUUUGUUUGUUUGUUUUAAUUUAGAGGAGCCAAAGAAAGACAUUUCAGCUUAGUGUAUUUGGAGUACUUGUUUGCUGGGAGCUCAGUAGUAUUCUACUUGAUCAAUGUAAAUAUUUAAUCUUAAAUCGAUUUGCAAUUUUAUUUGAAUUCACAUGUAUUCGAGAAAUCAAUCCAAGGGACAUCUAUGUUUUUGUUCUCUUCAUAAAUUCUGCUUUGUUUGUUUGUUUUGUUUUUUAAUUGCAAAGAAUAUAUUUGCAGCAUGCUUAAUUUUAUUGUUCAACUGAAGCAAGCUUUCCAUGAGGGAGAAUUGGUAAUGGUGAGAAGUUUGCAAAUCAUGUUUUGUGAGCAAGUACUGUCUCUUCUUUCAUAUAAUUUUCCUUUCCUUGUGGUGAUUUUUUUUCUCAUGCUCUUGAUGUAGCUUCCACAUGAUAUAUAUAUUUUUAAAUUAAAUUAAUUUUUUGCCUUACCUUUUGUAAAUAGAUCAUCUGGGAGAUUUGUCUUUGAAUGCAAAAGAUUUUCGAUCACUUUUUAAAACUUUCAGAUGUGCGAAACAGUGCAUUACCUCUGUACAAAUUCUUCAGGGAGCUUCACCUCAAAUGCAAUAUUUUGCAUCUUUUUCUUUUUUCUUUUUUUUUUUGUAUAAAACUGGAAAUAUGUGCGAGCAUUUGUACCUGUGUGUACGCACAGUGAACCUGCACACGGUUGCCAAUAAGGGAGAGUCUAAUUCAUGGUGUAAAAGUUUUAAAAUGGAAUUUAUUAUAAGAAUGUAAAACCUUAAAUUAUUAAUAAAUAAAUAACUAUUUUUGGCUAUUGA